AUGUCUGGAUACUAUCCUCCAGGCAACAAUGUGCCGUUCCAGUACUACAACACCGAUCCAAAUGCAGUUCCUGCUUCCAACACGCGUAAUGGUGCCCCGCUGCCAAGGAUGAUAGAUCCAUCCUACAACGGAGCUCUAGGAAUACCAGAAAACCCAUUUCAACCUGGGAUAGCCGGACCGUUCGUGCAGUACACGGAACCUCACAUGCAGUCGAAGUAUGGCGAAACGUACGAGGACAUCUCUGGACCAUUGGGAUCAGCGCAAGGCGGAAAUGCUCGUGUAAGGCGGCGAGCAUUGCCUGGCGAGCAAGUGAAGCAUCGCAGGACGAGAAGCGGUUGUUUCACAUGCAGGCAGAGAAGAGUCAAGUGCGACGAAGCUCAUCCUAUGUGCGACAGAUGCCGAAAGGGUGGUCGCGAGUGCAUUUAUCCAGACAAAGAGUCCAGCCAAAAACCGAUUCGUAGUGGGUCCAAAUCGGAGAAGUCCUCCGCGGAAGGAACCUCCUCACCAGAAGACCAUGAAGGAGAAGGUGCCGACCAUUUGCCUAUCAUCCACGAUGAUAAUGAAGAGGAGGAUGAUGACAUGGAAGCUAGCUACAUGGGAAAGAGCCAGGAUCUGCGCGAUUCGUCCAACACGCCCGCAUCCACGCUUGACCAGAGUACCUCACCGUCCACAGAAGCUUCUUCAACGGUUCCUCCGGCUGUACGGCAGUCCCUUUCUCGGAGAAGCAGUGCACAGGCUACGAAAAAUGUGGCAGCAACUCGAAAUCCUUCCCAUGUGCCCAAAGAUGUACAGUUCUAUUUGAACUACUUCAAGGAGCACAUGACCCACCACCAUUAUUCCUUGAAGCGCGACUCUCACAACUUUCUUAACGGCGACUUCCUGACUUACGCUAUGAAAUAUGAGCCAUUGAAGUAUGCAGUGGUGGGGUAUGCAGCUUACUUUCAUACGAUUUCACAGCCAGAUGGUCGCAUGUCAACGUUCCUCCAAUUCUACAACGAGUCGGUCUCGCGCCUUCGGCUGUCCAUUACAAAGAACAAGAAACAAGGGCUUGCAACUUUCCUCACCAUUCUGCAGCUUGCAAGCAUCGAGGAAAUGCUCGGUGAUUGGGUCAAUCUCAUGGGCCACCAGAAGGCUGCUUUCGACAUGCUCACUCGCUUGUAUACACCCAAGACCAUUACUCAGUCCGACUUCUUGCUCAAAGUACUAUUGUGGUACACUCGCUUCGACUUGUUUGUUGGCCUCCAGUCAGGUGGAGAGGCAGUAUUGAGCAGAGAUUGGUAUGAGGCAGUGCACGAAUGCUACGUCACGAAGGUACGCGACAAUCCUGAAGAUAUGGGUUACAAGUACGAAGAGCGCUUUGCAUAUUCUCGGAUCGUAGCCAAGGAUUCGAGCGAUCUUUUCUCCCGAAUGGGAAAAGGUCUCCUUAGCCCCCAGGAAUUCAUGGAGCAACUUCCAGUAGUGAAGAAUAAGGUCGAAGGUUUGGCCAAAAGUAUUGGCCCAGAGUUCCAGGAUCCUACCCACAAAGUCAAGAGUAUUCCUGGACAACCGGGACCCGACGAUAUUGUCAAUGCCUUCGAACCCAACAUCAUCUACGGUGACGAUCUAUGGACAACGAACUUUCUAAUGCUGGACUUCUGGAGUAUUAACUUCAUGUACGACAUCUCGACGUCUAUGGCGUUUAAAAAGCCAUUCGAACCGGAACUCACGGCACUCGCGUACAAGGCCGCGCAAAUUUUCGAGGCGAUGUGCGCAUAUCCUAAAGCACCGCACGGUGCCAUUAUCGAAGCGCAAGUCAGUUUCGCCAUUAGCACACUAUUCCUACCCAAAGACCCAAAGACGAUGCAGUGGUGUCGACGAACAUUCGCGAAAGUAGAGUCUCUUGGGUAUAUCUACCCGGAUGCCAUGCGUAAUCGCAUGCUGGAAGCUUGGGGUCUCGAGCCUUCUGACUGGUGGCUGCCAAAUGAUGAAGGGUGCCCGCCUAUCAUUCGCUCGAUCAAGGACUUCAUUCGCGAACGAUCAACAGCGCCUAAGGACCAAGUUUCUGAGGAUCUCAAGGAGAUGAGAGGUAUCUUUAGCAGUCUGAACAUGUCCGACUCCCCAGGAUCGGACAACAUGACUAUCACAAGUAGCGAUAGCGCAACAGGAGCAAUGGGUGUAGCAGGUCAAUUCACUGCGUCGCCCGAAUGGUGA